AUGAAAGCUCUUCUUGCAUAUUCUAUUUCAGUGCUGGCCCUCGCAGAGAGCGCCAUCGCAACUACUCUGGUUGGGUCUUCAGUCACUACUCCUCUGGGCUCGUUUGAGCUUAACAAAGGAGCUGCAUGUGCCUGUGAAAAGCUUUCUCGAGCCUACACGGGGAUUAUUACUCCCGGCAGUGCAAACUAUACGGCCCAAGGUGCAGACGCCUAUUGGGACGUUCGAGCCGAUCUUUCUCCCGCGUGUAUCUUUUUGCCGAGUACGGAGGAUGACAUCUCCAAGGCUCUGAGAAUAUUCCAGGCUUGUGAUGCACAGUUCGCUGUUCGUGGUGGCGGCCAUAUGAAUUAUCCAGGAUCGAAUAACAUCGACGGCGGAGUUUUGCUAGCACUCGAGAAGUUCAACAACGUCAAAGUGGAUACCGACUCUGUCGAAGUCGGGCCCGGCCUUACCUGGUACGAUGUCUACAAAGCCCUCGAGCCCUCUGGCCGUGCAGCCAUCGGUGGACGUUUGAAAACAAUUGGUGUCCCAGGCCUGUGCCUCAUUGGCGGAUUCCACUAUUUCAACAACAAGUACGGUUAUGCUAUGGACAAUGUCCUCAGUUACGACAUUGUCCUUGGAAAUGGAACACAGGUCGUGGCAAACCGAACAUCACACCCGGAUCUGUUCUGGGCACUGAAGGGAGGUGCCAACAACUACGGUAUCGUGACCAAGUUCACAUUGAAGACCUAUGCUAUUCCCAACGUCAGCACGACUAUUCAGGUCUUCAAUGAGAGUGGUAUUCCGGACUUCUUGACUGCGGUUUGUAACAUUGCUAAGCUUGACGAGGAAGACCCUAUCGCAGCGGGAAUGGUUGCGACUGUGCAAUACAAUGCCACAACCAAAGUCGCGUCGGCUUCGUUGCUUGGUGUUCAGGAAGGCAUUAGCAAGCCUCCAUCUCAAUUUGCGAAUUUCUCUGCUAUCCCCGCUACUACACGGAUCAACAAUGUCACGACAAUGAGGCAGUGGGCGUCUAGUCUGGACACGCCUAAGCAAAUGUUCCGUGUGAUGUUCUCUCACAAAACCAUGAAACCGGAUCAAGACGUUCUAGUCUCGAUUUACAAGGCAUGGAAAGAUGCCGUUGACCAAAUCGCGGAUGUUGAAGGACUUUACCCAACCUUCGUGACAAAUGUCGCCCCUGCGAGCGCAGCGCGUAUCGCUCUUACCAAUGGUGUUGGCAACGUCUGGGGAUUGGAAGCAGAGCCUUAUAUUCUAUGGCAAUUCAGUACCGGCUGGGCCUUUGCGCAAGACGAUCUUCGAAUCGAGGCUUGGUCGCGCCAAUUGAUUGAGCGUCUCAAUGCGAUCAACAUUGAAAAAGGGCUUGCUACGGAUUUCAUCUAUAUGGGUGAUGCGGGAGAGUGGCAGGAUCCCUUUGCAGGCUUCCCUGUCGAGAAUGUGGCGCGAAUGAGGAAGAUUAAAGCCUCGUAUGAUCCUCUUGGGGUCUUCUCUAGGCUCAAUUGGGGAGGGUUCAAAUUGAGUGUAUAA